CCAGAUUCCAUGUUACGCGGCACGCCUUUCCCUAGUUUUGAAGCGAAAUAAAUAGUUGCCUAUUAGCGCGUCUCUGUCAUGAUCGGAUCAAGGGGAGAACUGAAGUGUGAUUGACGGGUCCGGUAGGCGACAGCAUAGCCUAUUGUCCACGAGAAUGAUGGUAGUAGUCGCUUCGGUCAUGUGUCACUCCAAGCUGCGGAAAUGGCAGUACCACUGCUGUCAGCACACUCCAGGUAUGCUGCGAUGGCGCUACAACUUGCCGUGCGCAGUCAAGGCUAUUUUUGCACAGCCCUCAAAAGGUCAUCGCUAUAGCGGCAGCCGUAACACGAUUCCAUUGUACAUAUAAAACCUGCACGAGUACUCCACACGGCGAUUAUAUAUUCGAGAAGCCCCACAUUAUUUCUGCGUAUCAACCAUGACUUACUACCCCGAUGAAAAGUCUAACAACCCGUACGCGCAGCCCCCAGUUGUCCUCGCUCCUCAGCAGCAACAGAGUCAAUACGAGGCACCUUUAGGCCCACCCCCUGCGUACACCCAGGAAUCACCCUAUACUGCGCAUGAUAGUACACAUCAAGACAACCCUCAGCCUCGAACAUACCAGGCACCUCUGAGAUUAGUAUCCCAGCUUCCUCCAGGAUAUUCUCAGGGAAAUCGGGCCCCAUCACCAGCUAGUCAUCACGACCAACAAGGCAAGGAAUUCCCAGCAUACCGGGGGGCUUCCCCAGGAGCUAGGUAUUCCUAUGACCAUAACAGGGCAGGACCAUCAAAUUAUCCUUUGUACCAGCCAAACAACAGUCUUAGUCCGGACAACCAGAAUCCAGGUGCUGUGCCACGAGAUCGUGCACCUUCCUCCAAUGAAGAGAGUAGAGAGUUCUCCCUUGCUUCGUUCUUUGGUAACACGGGCCCGCCGCCAAUGUGGCAGCGUCAGCCGCCUCAGCAUCUGCGUUACGACCAGUUCCCUCCCAUGUGUCUUAUCUCAAAUCAAGCGGACAUAAGUAAAGGCUUCCCUGAGGUGCCUCCUCCAUGCCAACUAUGUGUUCACCCAUUUGCGACGCAUGAUAUCUUGGAGGAAGAUUGGAAACGAUUUCUGGCGGACAUCAAAAGAGCAGGUUCAUUAACCGGAGGACAACGCAUUAAAUCGAAUGUUAUACCCCUUGUAAUAGGCGCCAGUCUUGUUGGCGGGCUCUUCAUGACUAGGGCCAUCGAGAAACGAAUGAAAGCGAAGAAUCGCAGUGCAGUGGGAGACAUCAUUGAUAACUGGAACCAAUACUUCUUCGGACCUCGUAGAAUGGAGGCCGUUCUAUGUCAAGGAUCCGAGCGCUUGAGCGGCCGUGAGGGUGCGGCCCCGCUUGGUGAUUAUAGCCAGCUCCGCACGGCAAGUGACCUCCGUCGCCGAGCCUCAAGUUCUUCAAGUUCAAGCUCUUCGUCAGAUUCUGAAGACAACAGGAGUAGCCGUAGGAGUGGAUGUGGGUCAUCUUCAUCGCACAAGUUUGAUAAAAGACAGCGCCGUGCCGCGAAAAAGGAGGCUAAGGCUGAGAGACGCCAGGAGAAACGCGCUCGUAAGGCAGAACGUCGCAAUGGCAAGGCUCGUAAGGAACAUUCAGAGCCUUACCAGCUUUUCAUUCAAGCUUUCUAGUAGAAUAGUUGAGUAGAUGCGAGAUAAAUCGUCAACGAUGUUGGAUUUGAGCCCUCGUGGUCGUCGUGUGGUGUGGUCAAAAUAAGCCAUACAGACUGGGAUAGUUUCAACGCAUUCAUGAAAAAUGGCAUGGAACAAAAGACUUGCCCAGGGAAUAUGUGGGGUACCUUGAGAGACCCAGAGUGCGGCCGCCCAGAAACUCAGUCCAAACAUCUUGCUGGCAGCGGCCGCCACACCGGUGCCAGUGUUUGUGCACUCAAGAUAAAAUCUUGAAAUCUUCCUGUGUUCCAAACUUUAUUUGAAGUGGGUGGGAUGCUGACGUUCGUACGAUACAGCGAACUGCAGCGAAGUAAGGAAACCUGUCAGUGGU